ACCAGGAGGAACAUAACUCGUCUCUUUCGUUGCUCUGACUGUCUGACGCCACAGACGCCGCUUCUGCUCGCCCGCCGAUUGAUGGAGCCCACGGCGCCGCAGCGCGGCACCAAGCGGCCGCUACUCGCGACUACGGCCGGCGACGACGACGAUGGCCGCUCCGCUCUCGAGGACCGCAGGGUGCGGUUCCCCAAGGGGAAGAAGGCCAAGUACCGCGACCCCGCUGCCGCGGAGGGAGGCGCCGCUUCGGAGGACAUCGACAGCCUGAUGAACCCCGAGCUCGCGGCGGUGAGGCGAGCACGGCGGCGCCACCGUAGGGACGGGGAUGACACGCAGGGCACUUCAGAUGUCAAGGGCUUCGAAAUGCGCUACAAGGAUGAUGCCAACUUUAUUGAUGAUGGUAUUCAGAUAGAACCUUUUAACUUGGAGCAAGAGAGGGAAGAAGGGUACUUUGAUGAAAAUGGGAACUUUGUGGAGUUCGCAAGAGGCAAUGAUAUGAAGGAUGCCUGGUUAGAUAAUGUUGAAGUUGACACAAAGUAUGCUGAAAAAGUUCAAAAGAAAAAGGACAAAGAAGAGGAAUUCCAGGAUCUUUCUUCUGACGAUAUUGGAGUUAUAAAAAGGAGAAUAGCAAACAUGCUUGAACCAGCUGAAACAAUAAUACAAGCUUUGAAACGAUUGAAGAAUACAUCCACUGAUCAACGUGGAAAAAUGACUGAAGGGACCAAGCGCAUAUUUGAUGAGCUGACAGAAGCUGCCAUGAAGCUGAUGGAGAAUGGGGAAUACAAUGUGUAUUCAGAUGACCGGGAAACAUUUGUUCGUGAGGCUGAGGGUUAUGAACGUCUAGCGCGUGCCCGACUUGGUAUACCAGAAGUUGAAGAAGAUAUGUUUGCAGAUACCACAGAGGAUGACCCAACUACCUCGUCUGUGCUGGAGAUGGACCAUGGUCCUUCAGCUGCCAAUACCUCUGCAACAACUGUUCCAUCAAAUGAUGAUGAUAGUAACUUUGACAUGUUUGGGGACAAUGAUAACCCUGAUGUCAAUUGUCAUUCUGAUGCGAAAACCUUAGAUGCAGAGAAAGCUGGUAAUGGGAGUGCGGACUCAGAUUAUGUAUAUGAUCCAUCUUCUGGUUACUACUAUAGCAGCAGCACAGGCUAUUACUAUGAUUCUGCAUCUGGGUUUUAUUGCUCUGCAUCUACAGGAACCUGGUACUCCUACGAUGAACAAUCAGGCACAUACAAUGAAAUGCAGGGUGAACAAACUGGCACACACAAAGAAAUACAGGGAGAUAGCGUCAAGGAGUAGCCAAGUCGUAGCCAAGGUUACCCCGGUGUUUUCCAGUGCAGGGUGUAACUUCAGUUUUUCAUUAGAGGGCUAUUUGGAUCUCAACUUCCAAGAUAGAAUUGCCUAUCCUUGCAGUGUCAUAUGUAGAAGGGAAAGAUCAUGAGAUGUCGGCAUAUUGCUGGUUGCAGAGCUUUGAAUUGUCAUUUUGUACCACUUGCGUCGACUCGUUUGCACUGACCCCAUCUUGAUCUUAAAAUCUGUGACACGUGUUGUGAUAUAUAGCCCUCGUAUUUGCAUUGGGCAAACUUGGAAACUGGAGGUUUAAGUGAAACUUUAUCAGAUGAUGAGACCGAAA